UCACAAAGACCGCAACACGGGCCUGGGCUGGGGGGAGACUAGGGGCCCACCCUGCUUAAGAACACCAUGAAUGCAGGAGCAUUGUAGGGAGUUCAACAGUUGGCUUUUGGAGAGAAGGGGCAGUGGCAUUGAGAGACCUCCAGACCAGGCAUGGCUCUGAGCCCAGGGGCUAAUCUGGUCCUCUGUGAAAGCUCGAACAUGACUCCCAGUCUCAGCCUGGCAGAGGACCCAGAUUCAGGCUCCAGCACUAUCUCUGGGCCCCACACAGAUAUGGGCCUUGUUCCUCUCUUGAACCCACCCUUGAAUCCUGGCUCAGAUCUUGUUCCAGAUCUCAAUUCAACUCUGAGUCCUGUCUCAGCGGAGGCCCCUGGCCUGGUGUCUGGUAACACCCCCAGGCCUGGUGACAGCCAGACUGUGCCCCCAGUCCCCCUCCAGAUCACCACUUCCCACUCUGGUGAAGCCCUGGGCCUGAAUUCAAAUCACAUCUCAAGGCCUGACUCACAAGGGUCCCUGGGUCCAGCCCCAAACCUUGUGCUGAGCCCCAGCUCUACUGAGGCCCAAGAUCUGAGCUCAGGGAAGCACUCUGGGCUCAGUUCUGAUGAGGCUUUCAACUCUCUCUCAAGCAAGAUUUUUGAUGUGGGUCAGAGUAACUCCAGUCCUUCCAGGACUGAUGCAAACCCAUUUCUAAGGCCCUAUUCAAGAGAAGCCCUGGUGGUGGGCCACUGUGUCUGUAGGUCAAGCUCAAAAGCUCUCCUUAUUCCAACCUCAAAUUCUUCUCUGGACUCUGACUCCAACCAGCUACACAGUGUGGGCUCAAGAAACACCUCCAAGCUGUACCUCAAUGCGGGUCCAGGGUCUUGUGGGACCCUGAUCCCAGAUGCCAAUGAGACCAUCACUGUGGUUUCACAUAACAGCUCUGGAUCUGUCUCAAAAGGAGUUUUGGGUACAGCCUGGAACACGAGUUCCAAGGGAACCAUCAAUGUGGCUUCAAAUAACAAUCUCAGGUCUGACCUGAACAUGACCAUCACUCAAGCCUCAUGCUUGACCCUGAUUCCUGGCUCCAGCAAUAGUAUCAGCCUGCAUUCCAGCACCCGUGGACCCAGCUCCACCCUUUCUCCACCCUCAUGUAUGACUCUGAUCUUGGGCUCCAAUGAGACUUUCAGCCUGGGUUCCAGCCUCAUCUUCAGUGACACCUCUACCCUGACACUGAGCAGCCAGCAGGAUUAUUUUGAGGACAAUAGCAUCCAUGCUAUACCCUUGGACAAGAAUCUGGGGAGCUGGGAUGAGAUGGUUGGCACUGAGACAGGCCAGUUCUCGCUGGGGUUCCCCACCUAUAAUACCAUGGACAAGGACACCACAGCCUUCCAAAGCAUCCCAGAGGGAGCCUUCAGUGAAGUGGCCUCAUGCCUGGUGGACAUGCCGGGGAAGAGAGACGAUGGCACCAAGAUGGCUCUGGUGGAGAAUGUCAUCACCCUCCAGGAGAGCCAGGAUGCGCUCGAAGUGGACGUAGAGAAGAGGACCUUGAUGAAGAAGAUGAUGAGGCAGAUCCAGGAGGAGCCACUGGAUUCCCUCUCGAGCACCGUCCGCUGGCAGGCCAUGGAGACGCUGACCCAGCUGAGUCACACCCAGCCCGUGCUGGGUGUGCGAGAAAGGUCAGAGCUGGUCAGCACAUGCGUGAAGAGUGUGUUCUCCCUGCCCUCUGUGCAGGCCAUGCAGGAGAAAGACGAGGCCAAGGCGGAGGCCAUACAGACACUUUACCGACAGACCCUGGAUGCCCUGCAGACACUGCUCAACGCCCUCUUUGUCGAGGACCCCACUCCUGCUGGGCUGAAGAGCAUCUUGGAGCCCCUGGGGCCCUGGAUGAACUCCGGGAAGACCCAUGAGCGAGCACGGGCUGUGAACAGCAACGUCUCUGUGUUGAACCACAUGCUUCUGACCCUGCCUUUCUUUAUGUCCUCGGGGUUUCCGGCGCUGGGGCUUCUGCUGGGGAGGCUCAUCCUUCGCAUUGGAGAUCCUGAUGAGGAGAUUGGCCGGAAGGCUCUGGACGGCAUCAUCAUCCUCUACACCAUCCUGGAGCUCCAAAAACGAGCCAGAGAUAAGGAAGAGACCAAUAAGAAGGAGCUGUAUGAGAGCAACAUGCGAUUCCUGGGGCCCUACAACCCUGUCUGCCCAUGCCAGAAUAUUCUGCGUGUGAUCGCGGAAUUUGGAGACUUCCUGGGACCCCAGCAGGUGAAGGACCUGCUGGUAGCAGCCCUGGAAGGCUUGAAAGGCAGCUCAGAAGCCCGGGAGAAGGACUUGGGGGAGAUGAUGCAGCUGGCCUCGGAGGUCACCAUCAGCUCGGUGCUGGAGUGGUACCACCACAAGGUGGUGGAGGUGAUCCCAGAAAUCAUGCAGGCCAUCUACAUGCAGCUGAACCACAUCCAGGAGCCACGGGCCCGCGAGGUGGCCCUGCUGCCCGUCUCCCUCCUGGCCAGCUCCUUCAUGACCGAGGUGGUCGUGGCCCUGCUCACGUGUCCCCUCCCGCUGGACAGCAACGGCGCAGAGAUGUGGAGGCAGCUGAUACUGUGCAAGCCCAGCUGUGAUAUCCGAGACCUCCUGGAUCUGCUCCUGACGAGCCUGAAGGAGAAGCCCUUCACCAAGAAGGGCCGGGUCUCCAUCGUGCCCUUAGCGGCAGCCAGCGGACUGUGCGAGCUCCUGUCGGUCAGCAGCUGCGUGGGCUUCGUGAGGCGCGUCUACCCCCAGCUGCUCCUGGCCCUGCUCAUUCAGGUCCAUUACCACAUCGGCCUCAACCUGCCUGGCCGCGUGGCUUUGCGCAAGGACGCCAAGAAGGACGCCCAGCCCUCCGUCUUCGUACCCGUGCGCUGGGUGGUCAAAGUGGUGAAAACCCUGCUGCUGAGGAUGGGCUGCUCAUACGAGGCCACCUUUCUGGAGGACCAGGGCGGCUGGGAGCUCAUGGGGCAGGCCGAGAACCACCACCGCGGAGUGUCCCUGCUGGCAAGGGCCAUGGUGCAUUACUCCUGCCAGGAGCUCUGCCGCAUCCUGUACCUGCUCAUCCCACUCCUGGAGAGAGGCGACGAGAAGCACAAGAUCACUGCCACCGCCUUCUUCGUGGAGCUUCUCCAGAUGGAACAGGUGCGGCGGAUCCCUGAGGAGUACUCUCUGGGGAGGAUGGCUGAAGGCCUGAACCACCAGGACCCCAUCAUGAAGGUGCUGUCCAUCCGAGGCCUGAUCAUCCUGGCCCGCAGGACUGAGAAGACUGCCAAGGUCCAGGCCCUCCUGCCCUCUAUGGUGAAGGGCCUGAAGAGUAUGGACGGGCUGCUGGUGGUGGAGGCGGCCCACAACCUCAAGACCAUCUUCAGGGGGCAGGACCGGAAGCUGAUGGACAGCUCGGUCUAUGUGGAGAUGCUUCAGGUCCUGCUCCCACACUUCAGUGAUAGGCCCAGGCAGCCUCUGGGAGGAGGGAGCACGCCUGAGCCUCCGGGUCUGCCCCAGUCACGAGAGGACGUGCGCUCCUCCUGCAUCAGCCUGUACGGCAAGGUGGUCCAGAAGCUGCGGUCGCCUCGCACCCCAGCCGUAGAGGAGCAGCUGAUCGGCACCUUGGUGCCCCUGCUGCUGACCAUGCAAGACGGCAACGCCAAGGUGAGCCAGAAAUGUGUGAAGACCCUGUUCCGCUGUUCCUGCUUCAUGGCCUGGGAACUGCCAAAAAGAGCUUAUAGCCGGAAGUCCUGGGACAACCAGCAGCGGACGGUGGCCAAAAUUUGCAAGUACCUUGUGACUACCCACCGAGACAGCGCCUUCACAUUCCUCAGCCAGAGCCUGGAGUAUGCCAAGAAUCCCCGGGCCUCCCUCCGGAAGUCCUCAGUCAUGUUCAUAGGGUCCCUGGUCCCCUGCAUGGAGAGCAUGAUGACAGAAGACCGGCUGAAUGAAGUUAAAGCGGCUCUGGAAAACCUGAGACAUGACCCAGAAGCAUCAGUGUGCAUCUACGCGGCCCAGGCCCAGGACCACAUCCUAGCCAGCUGCUGCUGGAACUCCUGGCCGCUGCCACACGGGGACUCGUGGGUGUGCGACCCAGCCACCACGCACCGCUGGAGCCCUAGCUGCAAGAGCCUGCCCGCUUCUCACCAGCGGUGCUCCUGGAUCGUGCAGGCACUGGGCUCCUGGAAGAUGGCCUUGAAGCAGUGAUGUGCCUGAGCCCCCGGCUCUCCCCAGAGGCGGCCGCGGCCACAGCCAUGCCCACUAUAAAUGCCACGUGGCUUACCUCUC